CUUUAAUUAUUGAAAAUCCCAGUUCACAUACAUUUAGUUGAAAAGAUUUAGUAAAUUAAAAGAUGCCAUGGUGUUUCAUAGACGAUUACGAUGAAAAUAAUUUCAAAGACUAUGACCUAUCCGACUUGGUUCUGGAUCAAUUUUACUUGAACAUUAACGUUGAAAAUUCUUCUGGACACGAAGAUGUAUAUCUAUAUACAUUAAAUAAGGAGUGCUAUCAGUGCCCGUACCUGUUAACUUCCUACUGCAACGGCUCGAUUCAAAAGUGUAAUGGAGACGAGGCUAAAAAUAUUUUUAGUACGGACCUCACGUUCAGACUGUCCACGGUUCAUUCGGAAUAUUUUCCUGCGGAUCAAAAGAACAAUGUUAUUUGCGAUAUCAACGAACCAUUUGGACAAUUCGGUAUUUAUAAUGUAAAUGUCAAUAGAUCGGGAUGUUUCGUACAAACUAUCAAGGAAUCUGUUAAUAUUUAUUCGCCCAUUCUGACUGUUUGUCUUAUAUAUCUUGGACUAUUCUUGUUCACAUAUGGAUUGUAUUUCUGUUGGAAGAAGUACAACUCAAAAAAAUUAGACAAAGAUGAUCAAGUUGAACCAGAUGUUCCGAAAAAAGAAAGAAUUCAGUCGUUGGAUACGUUUAGAGGUUUUGCUAUUAUUCUAAUGAUAUUCGCAAACUAUGGACAAGGAGGAUAUACUGUCAUCGAGCAUGCGCGUUGGAAUGGUCUUCAUGCUGCUGAUUUGGUCUUUCCAUCUUUUUUGUGGAUAAUGGGAGCUUGUAUUCCUAUUGGUAUGGUGUCUAAUUUCAAAAAACAAGUUUCCAAUAAAGAUAUGAUCAUUAACGUAGCUAAGAGGUCAAUAAAACUGUUUUGCAUUGGUAUAUUUCUGAACAGUGGUGCAGAUUUAAACUAUCUUAGAUUUAUGGGAGUUUUGCAACGAUUAGGUAUAGCCUAUUUUGCUGUUUCUGUAAUAUGCAUAUUUUGUAUGGAUAGGACAAACAAUGGAUAUGAAAAAGAAUCAAAACUGGCACACGUAAUUGAUAUAUUAAAACUGUGGAAAGGCUGGAUAAUAGUUCUGGCAAUUCUGGUAUUCCAUACCAUCCUAACGUUCACCAUAGCAGCACCCGGGUGUCCAAAAGGAUAUUUGGGACCAGGAGGCCUCCACAAAAACGCAUCUUACUUUGAUUGUGUAGGAGGAGCAACUGGAUAUAUAGACGGGUUGAUUUUGGGUAAACAUAGGUACCAGAAUCCAACAAUUUUUUAUGUUUACGAAGCCAAACCUUUUGAUCCAGAAGGAAUUGUAGGCUGCUUGACAACAAUAUUCCACUGUUUUAUUGGAGUCCAAGCUGGAAUAACCCUUUUAACAUUCAAAGGACAUUUUGAACGCUUGACCCGUUGGUUAUUAUGGGCCGUAAUCACUGGAAUCGUUGGUGGGGCCUUGUGUGGAUUCACUAAAGAGGAAGGUUUCAUUCCUGUCAAUAAAAAUUUGUGGUCACUGUCGUUCGUUAUGGCGACAUCAUGUUUCGCUUUCUUUAUGUUAAGCGUUUUCUACGUACUCGUCGAUUACAAGAAAUGGUGGACUGGUAAACCGUUACUAUUCGCUGGUAUGAAUGCCAUUUUAAUGUAUAUAGGGCAUGAAAUGUGUGACAAUCAUUUCCCAGUAAGGUGGUACGUUCACAAUUACAGCAAUUUUACUGAAGCACCGAGAAGAACUCACUUUUUGGCACUGCUAUCUGAUGUUUGGGCCACCGAAAUUUGGGUAUUGGUGUCUUAUUAUUUGUACAAAAUAAAAUACUUUUUUACUGUGUAAUCUUUUUAUAUAGAUACAAUAAAAACA